AGUGUUUUUAUGAUCACAUGACGCAGCACCGGACAGUCCUUUAUCAAACUCAAACAGCCUCAAGCCUCAGCUACUCUCCCUUUUCCUCUCUCUUCUUUUAAACUGCUUUGUCAUUUUAGUUUUUUUAGCUGCACGGCUCUGUCCCGGCCUCACCAUGGCUCCUCUAUCCAACUUGGGUCGCGCUGUUUUCGGCUUUCUCUGCGCUGUGUCCGCAGGCGUAUUCUUCAAACCGGACGAGCCCUGUUAUGUUCCCAAACCACGAAAAAACAACUUUGGAUUGAGGACUGUACCUCGCCCUCAUGAGUAUCUGAACAUCUCGGAGCUGCCCAAGUCCUGGGACUGGAGGAACGUAAACGGCACAAACUUUGUCAGUACAACCCGAAACCAGCACAUCCCCCAGUACUGCGGCUCCUGCUGGGCCCAUGGCAGCACCAGCGCCAUGGCAGACCGCAUAAACAUAAAGAGGAAGGGGGCAUGGCCAUCUGCGUACCUGUCUGUGCAGAACGUGAUUGACUGUGGAGACGCAGGCAGCUGUCACGGAGGAGACCACAGCGGAGUGUGGGGAUAUGCUAACACUAAAGGGAUACCCGACGAGACCUGCAACAACUACCAGGCUAAAGACCAGGAUUGUGUCCAGUUUAACCAGUGUGGCACCUGCACCACCUUUGGGGUGUGUAACGUGGUGAAGGACUACACUCUGUGGAAGGUGGGAGACUACGGAUCCGUCAGUGGCAGAGAGAAGAUGCAGGCCGAGAUCUACGCCAACGGACCAAUCAGUUGUGGUAUCAUGGCAACUGAAAAACUGGACGCAUACACAGGGGGCGUGUACUCAGAGUACCAGGAUGCUCCCUACAUAAACCAUAUCGUGUCUGUGGCCGGGUGGGGCGUGGAGGAUGGAGUCGAGUACUGGGUCGUCAGGAACUCGUGGGGAGAGCCCUGGGGAGAGAAGGGCUGGCUGAGGAUCGUGACCAGUGCGUACAAAGGCGGCAGCGGCAGCAAUUAUAACCUGGCUGUGGAGGAGGACUGCAUGUACGGAGACGUCAUUGUGCCCAAAGGAUAUCACUGAGAAAGUCUGAUUCACGCAA